GACUUUCAGCUUCUCGUGUGUGUACACAUAUCUUAGAAAUGGGUCAAAUAAGUGAAUUUUAUAAGGGAAAAAAUAUUUUGGUUACAGGAGCGACAGGCUUUUGUGGCAAAGUUUUAGUGGAAAAGCUUUUAAGAUCGUGCAAUGUUGGAAAAAUUUUCAUUCUUGUUCGUCAUAAGAAAAAGGCUUCGCCUCAACAAAGAUUCAAUGAUUAUGUGAAGCAUCGUAUCUUUGACGGACUUCGAAGCACAGAUCCAUUGUUUUCACAGAGAAUUCAUUUAAUAAGUGGUGAUAUCACCAUUGACGAUUUAGCAAUGAGUGAAACUGACAUGAACAUUUUGAUCAAAGAACUUCACAUCAUUUUCCAUUGCGCCGCAAAUGUGAGAUUUGACGAUCCAAUACGAGAAGCGAUUAACAUUAACGUCGUUGGUACUUGGAGAAUGUUACAGUUGGCUGAGAAAUGUGAACAUUUGGAAGUCUUUUCGUACAUGUCGACGGCUUUCAGCCAAGCAUGUUAUACCGAACUUAAAGAAGAAUAUUAUCCGACAAAAAUUGACGUCUUUGAAAUAAUUAAGCUUACAAAAGAACUGGAACCAGAAUACUUGGAACUCAUCGAACAAAGAUUGCAAAAAAAUUAA